AUGUACAGCCGUGAUCCUCAAGGAAAUAAACAAAGUGUUGCAAGACGGAUGUUCCCCUCCUUCAAGGUCAAGGUGCGCGGACUCGAUCCGACUGCCAAGUACAUCAUGCUGCUCGACUUGGUAGCGCGAGACGAGCACCGGUAUAAGUUUCACAACGGCAGAUGGACCAUAGCUGGAAAGGCGGACCCCGACCCUGUUGUACGAAAGCAACACAUCCAUCCGGAUUCACCAGCUACCGGCGAGGAAUGGAUGCAGAAGUCGGUAUCGUUUCACAAAUUGAAGCUGACCAACAACGUGGUCGAACAUCAGCCAUUUGUAAGUGCUUACAUGAGAUAA